UUAAACAUGUUGGAUAUUGUUAAUUCUCGGUCUGUCCACUCUGGUUCAUUUAUUCUUGUAUUCCAGACUUCACACUGUCAGUAAGAUGCCAGGCGAUCUAUCAAACGUUGUCUGAUUUAAUCAGAAUACAUAAAUGUAUGUACUCCUAUAGCUCAGAUGAGACUUCUCGCUGAAUUUCAAUUUGGAUAAUUUAUUGCAGUGCUGAUGUCCAUUUCAUCCUGUGUGGUCCCGAGCAAAUAUUUCACUAGAGCGCAAUUGAGAGCAGUCCAAAAGGAGAUGAACACAUUCUGCAGUAUUAAUUGUUAUCCAGUGAAUAGAUUAAUUGUGGGCACCUGGUGGUGUAGUUCAGGUCUCAGCGACCCCCACGAAACAAGCAGUAUUGUAAUAUGUUAUCCAGAAAAGCUCUAAUUGCCAGAUACUGGCGCGUCUGAGAAUCGGUUAUCCCGCUAAAACACAGAUUGUUGGGGGAAAUCAGCAGAUGGUCUUCAAUCCGAGCCGCGGCAACUCUGGUGUCGGUCUCUCGCGCACUCUUCAGAGAGACUCUACGCCGAACUAUGGGGAGAUGUCCCGCUGCCUCCAUACAAAAUCUCCAACAAACCACCUUGAGCGUUACACCUUCACAUGUCGUGCGCGGAAGAGAUCCCUUCCAAUGGGAUCAAAUUUGCUUCUUGCGUCCUUGGCAUAAAAUGUUUGAAAACUUUUUCCUUGCGUCUCAAUACAUCGCUCAUAUCGAUGGUAUCGACACUUGAUUUGCUCACAUCAGCUCUGUGUUCGAUUAGUAAUGCCUUGUUCACUCCACGUGCACUUGUUUGGGGAAAGAUGGCGGCUCCCACUAGCGAGAUUGAAGAGGUCGCUGCGAAAAAACCAAAUGUGCGAGUACAGAGGAGAGUGGCCAAUCAUAUUCCUGACGAGAUCCUCAAAGAUCCAGAGCUCAUUGAGGCCAUUAAGGCUUUGCCAGCUAACUACAAUUUUGAGAUCCACAAAACAAUAUGGAGGGUGCGACAAGCCAAAGCCAAGAGAGUGGCCUUGCAGUUGCCCGAGGGUCUGCAGAUGUUUGCCUGUGUGAUCGCUGACAUCAUUGAGAGAUUCACAGAGGCGGACACUCUGGUGAUGGGAGAUGUGACAUACGGGGCCUGCUGCGUGGACGACUUCACUGCCCGCGCUUUGGGAGCUGACUUCAUGGUGCAUUAUGGACACAGUUGUCUCAUCCCCAUAGACUCGACUGAGGGCAUCAAGAUGCUGUACGUGUUUGUGGACAUCCAGAUUGACACUGCCCACUUCCUGGACACACUCAGGUUCAACUUUCCCCCUGGCCACUCGCUCGCCCUCGUCAGCACCAUCCAGUUUGUGGCUGCUUUACAGGCAGCCAGUGCAGAGUUGAAGCCAGAUUACGAGGUGUUGGUACCUCAGUGUCGGCCGCUUUCUCCUGGGGAGAUCCUCGGAUGCACCUCGCCUCGUCUGGAGAAACAUGUCAAUGCCAUCAUUUAUCUUGGAGACGGAAGAUUUCAUUUGGAAUCCAUCAUGAUUGCCAACCCAGAUAUACCUGCCUACAGGUAUGACCCAUACAGUAAAGUGUUUUCUCGAGAGUAUUAUGACCAUGAGGCAAUGCGGACCACCAGACUGCAGGCCAUAGAGAGCGCCCGCUCAGCCCAGAGAUGGGGCCUCAUCCUAGGCACCCUUGGCCGUCAGGGCAACCCCAAAAUCUUGGAGCACUUAGAGUCUCGAUUGGAGUCUUUGGGCCGUUCAUUCACACGUGUGCUCCUGUCUGAGAUUUUCCCCGGCAAACUGGAGCUCCUGGCAGACGUGGACACGUGGGUGCAGAUCGCUUGUCCUCGCCUCUCCAUCGACUGGGGAACGGCUUUCUCCAAACCCUUGCUGUCUCCAUAUGAGGCAGCAGUAGCGCUGCAGCAGGUUGGAUGGCAGGAGGUGUAUCCUAUGGAUUUCUAUUCCAAUCAGAGCCUGGGGGCCUGGACUCCAAAUCACCCAGACAACCAACCAAAAAGGCCUUCUCGCAAACUCAUGCAGAAGGCGGGUUCAGAUGUCGGUCAGCAGAUGAGGAGCUGUGACCGUGAACAGAGCGCCUCCUGUGGCUGCCAGCCGGAAUAGCACGGCCAACCACAGAUCACUGUGGACAUCUGCAGGAGACAAGCGAGCCAAUCAGAUCUCACUAUUGACAUCACAGCCCAACACACUUCAUCAAAUCAACCCUCAGUUGACACGAGACAGUGAGAGAGAGAGAAAACACAAGUGAGAGAGAAAGAAAAGGAGCUGCCAGCCACUUUGCAUAAGAGACCUUCAUCCUUUCAAAAUUACAGCGGGAAAUGAGAGCGUGUUCAGAAUUAUUCUUCUGCAGAGGAAGAUAAUACUCAUUCUGAAUUCCAGCUCUGACUUUUUUUAUUUCCCAUUAUGCCGGGAUGAGAGGUUCUCCAACAGAAAGGAGCUCUUUGAAUGUUUUGUACAGAAUGUGUUUUAGUUACGCGCAAA